AUGAGUGCCCACCACAAGUUCUCGCUGCAUGUUGAGCACAGCUACCUCAAGAUUGCCAUUUUCUCUGAGGACGGAGCUGCGCCUGUCGCCGACGUGAAGCAGCUCAAGUUUGCCCUGGAUAACACGCUCAAGACUGCGUUCGGCGUGGUAGGGGCUUCAGCCAGCGAGUUCGACAUCCUAUCCUUCGAGAAAACGCUCGCCAACAAUAGCGAACCCAGCACAGCCCUAAUACGAGUCCAACGUGGCGGAUUGGAGACUUUACGGGGCGCCAUCACCAUGUGCACGACGCUCAACGGAAAACUGUGCAAGCUUGAGGUUCUGCACAUGGGUGACUCACUCAUGGACAUGGCCUCCGGGAGAUUCUUAUAG